UCCAAGUACAGACAAACAAAACGCAUGCUCGAGACAAGCCCAGCUGUUGUCAUUAAACAUUAAUGUAUCCACCGUUUUAUUUUUCGUCGGUUAGGGCGCUCAUCGCACUGUUCAUAAGGUGCUGGUCGAAAGUGAAGAUGCCUUCAAAGAGCUCAAAACAAAAGCUGAGUCAUGAUCAUGAUUCUGCUGUUGAGUAUGAACUUCAGUACACCAGAUGGGUGUUGAAAACCCUCGGAAUCUGGCCGAUGCUAUCGGACAGAAGCACCAGCUUGGACAGAAUCGUGUCGUUCUUUUUAAUUAUCUUGAACCUCUUCGCUAUUGCAUUCAUCCUGAUCCCGUGCGUCUUGCACGUUCUGUUCAGAGAGAAAAAUCCCAGGAAGCAGCUCCUUCUGCUCGGCCCCAUUGGCUUCCGCGUAUCCAACAUAUUGAAGUACUUCUCCAUUAUGCUUCGAGUUGAUACCAUCAAACAGUGCUUUAAUCAUGUGAAAAACGAUUGGUUGGAAAUGGGAUCGGAGGUUGAAGAGAGCCUAGUCCUGAAGAACAUCACCAUGGGUAGAAAUUUGACGCGGUUUUGUGCUGUUUUUAUGUUCAGUGCUGGGGUGUUUUAUCACACGGUGAUGCCUCUGCUGAGGAAGAAGAAAGUCAAUGCUUUCAAUGUGACAAUCAGACCCCAUGCCUAUCCUGGUUAUGAUUUCUUCGUUGAUCCUCAAGCUUCACCAGCUUACGAAAUCAUUUUCGGUGCACAUUGUCUUUUUGCUGUAGCUAAUUAUUUAAUCACAAUCGCCGCUUGCAAUUUUGCUGCAACCUUCGUCAGUCAUAUUUGCGGGCAAGUACAGGUAAUGAAUUUGAGACUUCAGGGUCUUAAUCAGUGCAACGAGGAGAAAUUUACCGUUGCCGAGAGGAUUGCAUCUAUCAUCAAGUGUCACGUUAAAUUGUUGAGAUUGUCCAAAAUGAUUGAGAAAAUCCUACGUGAAAUCUGCAUGGUGGAAGUAGUGGCAUCCACUCUGAUCAUUUGUUUACUAGAGUAUUACUGCAUGACGGAAUGGAAAAACAGCGAUCCCGCAUUGCUGAUUGCUUACUUAUUGCUCCUGACAUCACUGACAUUCAACAUCUUCAUCUUUUGUUACAUCGGAGAGAUCCUGAAGCAUCAGUGUGAGGGUGUGGGGGAAAUGACUUACUCAAUCAACUGGUAUCAGAUUCCCUGUGAAAAUAUUCUCAAGCUUUCUCUAAUCAUCGCUAUAUCCAGAACUCCUCAGAAAAUCACAGCUGGUGGAAUGAUGGACCUGACAAUUCGGAGCUUUGGAGGUGUGAUCAAAACAUCGGUAGCAUAUUUGAAUAUGCUCCGAGCAAUGGCUGACUCAUAGACUGCAAUUGACUCUUCAAUAAUUGAUCAUCAGUUGAUUACUAGUUUCUACCAUCACCUUUCACAAAAUAUUUUCUUCAUGUACUUCAUGUAUUCUUCAUAAAUAAUAUUACAAAUGUCUUUUCUUUUUAAUGC